CAACACCAGCUGAGGUGAGCUUUCAAGGGGUAUAUUUUGUUAUCAAUGUUGUUUUGACAUUAUAAGCAGUUAGACAUGAAAGUAGAUCUGCAUACGCAUAUAUUACCAGCAUCAUGGCCAAACCUUAGAGAGAGAUAUGGUUAUGGAGGAUUUAUACAGUUAGAACAUCAUUGUGAAGGUAAAGCUCGUAUGAUGAAAGAUGAUGUGUUCUUUAGAGAAAUUGAUUCUAACUGUUGGUCACCUGAAACCAGAUUAAAAGAAAUGGAUAAAACAGGUGUUACAGUACAAGUCUUAUCUACUGUACCUGUAAUGUUUAAUUAUUGGGCGGAACCGAAAGACACAGUUGAUUUAUCUCAAAUAUUAAACAAUGAUCUAGCAGCAUCAGUUAAAUCUCAUCCACAUAGAUUUGUUGGACUGGGAACAUUACCAAUGCAAGCACCAGAACUGGCUGUUGAAGAACUACGUAGAUGUAGAAAUGAAUUAGGAUUUCCGGGUGUACAGAUUGGGUCACAUAUAAACCAAUGGAAUUUAGAUUCCCCAGAAUUAUAUCCAGUGUUUGCUGCAGCUGAAGAAUCAGAAUGUUGUAUAUUUGUUCAUCCGUGGGAUAUGGAACAAUCAGGCCGAAUGAAGAAAUAUUGGUUACCAUGGUUAGUAGGAAUGCCAGCUGAGACAACAACUGCUAUGUGUGCAAUGAUAUUUGGAGGUGUUUUAGAAAGAUUUCCUAGAUUGAAAGUUUGCUUUGCUCAUGGCGGUGGAGCGUUUCCCUUCACAGUAGGAAGAAUAGAACAUGGCUUUAAUGUUCGACCUGAUUUAUGUGCUACUGAUAAUAAUAUUAGCCCACGCCAGUAUUUAGGUCAGAUUUAUACUGAUUCUCUUGUACAUGAUAAACGGGCUCUGGAAUUACUUACUGAUGUCAUAGGAAAGAACCGGGUGAUAUUAGGAAGUGACUAUCCAUUCCCACUCGGAGAACAUCAUCCAGGUGAACUUAUAGAAUCCAUGCCAAAUUUUACACAGGAUUUAAAGGAUCAAUUAUUGUGGUCGAAUGCAUUUGAAUUUCUGGGUUUGGAUCCAAAAGACUAUCUUCCAAAAAUUACAAAUGGAAAGCACUAAGGUCUGAGAAUGUGAUGAAUCAUACAUAAAGACUAAAGAUGAAUCAUUGUGCUAUACAGCAGAUGUUUUUAAACAAGGGCAACAAGUUGUAGGUUCAGAAUUUCUCCACAUGUAUACUAUAUAGUAUUUUAUUGUAAAGACUAUUAUUCUAAUCUAAUUAAGAACCUAGUUAAUAUAAACAGUGUUGUAUGAUUGAAUAAUAUAAAAUUGUUAUUACUUUAUUUACCUCAUAUGAAUAAAUCGAUCGAAAUGGUAAAUUUCAAAUAGUCAUAAAUUUAGGUGAAUCUUCCAUUUAUUUAUUUUUUGUAUCAAAAUGUGUUUGGUGAAAAAGAGUAGAGUACUUUUGAUUCUUGAUGAUUAUAACUUUAAGAACCUGGGGCCUGUUUCACGAAAUUUUAACUAAGAUAAAAUCCAAAUUUUAGUAAUUUGAUUGGAUAAUAUUAGAUUGAUUUUAGUGCUUAGCCAAUCAAAAUUGAAGUAUCUACUAAAGUUUGGAUUUUAUCUUUAGUUAAGAUUUCGAGAAACAGGGCCCAGAACCUUUAAGAACUUUAAGAUUUACAUUUAGGUUUGAUUUAAAAUUGACAGGUGGAGUUGGAGUAGCUCAGAAAGCUAAACUUAAAUUUGACUUUUUAUUUGGUGAUGGUGCUGGACAUCAUACUAUCAAAAGAGUCAUAAUAGGGCUAUGGACCAGGGAUGCUAUUUUAAAAUUUUGCUCGUGGGACAUUCUUAGUUGGGGUUAAUAGAGGCCAGAAUUAGGUCAUAGUAUGGACCCGUGGCUAAAGUAGGGAUGGGGAUGUACAUAUAAGGGAAAAUUGUUUCCAGUGUUAAAAGUUUUAGGAAAAAGUAAAAAUGCUCAGAUUUGUCUAUAUAAUUUUAUUCAAAUACUCUUUAUAUAAAAAGGCAUACUCAGCAAUAGUAGGCCUAGUUGUCAAUAAAAUCUAAUGGGUGAAAAUAAAUACUAUAAUUGUACUAGUAUUGUAUUAUAUUUACUGUAGAUUUUAAAUAAUAAUGAUAUUAAUAAUGUUGUAUGUACUCCUUCAUUUUUAUUGUCAAACAAUUAUAUUAAUCAAAAGAUAUAUAAAAAGAUCUUCACAUGUAUCAUAAAUAAUAGUAUAUUUACUGUGUGAUAUUUAUUUAGAUUUAAUCAAAUGAUGUUGCUUGUCCUAUAUCUGUGAAAAGAUCCUGUAAUUGACCUUCUGUAUGAUAUACUAAUGUUAGACACAUUCGCAUGGCUGCCAAUAUCACUGAUAAAGAUAACAUCAGGGCAAGUAAAUUAUAACUUUCAAUAUUAAUUUUUUUUCUGCUGGUUAACACAUGCGUAUUCAAUCAUAACGUCUCUCAUGGAGCCAAGUGGUGUUGUUUCGAUUCCCCACUUGUAUGUCCAACCUCGUGGGUUUUCUCCGGGUCCUCCGGUUUUCUCCCACUGCUAAAGAAAUGAAAUGAAAUGGGGUUUAACAUCUACAUACAAGCGAAUUAUAUUGUAAUUGAACCAUAUGUUUGUCCCGAAAUUACAUAGUUUGUGUCGAGUGGACGUUAACCCCCCCUCCCUCUCUCUCUCUCUCUCAUAUUUACGUGGGAUCUACUUUUGACUGGCAUCCAUUAGCAGAAUUUGAAAUAAAACUUUCUUUCCUUUCUACAUUUCUGGCACGACCAGGUAUGAUUAUUGACAUGAUCAAAUAGGCAUCCUUAGGUCAUUCUGACGUCCAAAUGUAUCUGCGAAUUGGUCCCGUACGAGAUAAGGCUGUUUUAGUUAGUGUUAGCGACUCUACAAACCCGUCUUCGUUAGCUCAGUCGGUACAGGAAAAAAGGGCGUUAAACCCCAUUUCAUUUUGAACCUACAAACUCCACCUGAGGGAUUGUCUGAAAAGCAAAACUGGAAAAAGAAACAUGGCGCACCUCGUUAUCUGUUUCCGACAAUUUUUUUUUCUAAUUUGCCUAUAAUACCGAUAUUUAGACAAUUGCCGUGUAGUGAUGUCCUUCUCACUAGUUACAAUGCCAUUAAUUUUGAAUGUCAAAACUAAUUAUAAUGAUAAAAAGGGUCAUUUUUAACGCAAAUUAUAACGGUUAUUAAAUGUCAAAACUAAUUAUUAUGAUAAAAAAAGGUCAUUUUUAACGCAAAUUAUAAUAUUUAUUGUAGUAAUGAUGAAUUUAUAUACAAUACAUAUCUUUAUAUAUAAAGUAGAAGGUAUUAUUUUUAACAUUAUAUAUUUACACGCAAUAUGACCUACAUGGCACCAUCAGGAACUAGUGUAAAUGAAAUGAAGUGAAAUGACAUGAGGUUUAAUGUCCUACUGUUCUGCUCCCAUGGGGCUAAUGAAGACGGACAUAAGCCAUACAAUGUGCUACGAGCGAAAUUUUUCCCCGGACAUUUACGCUCGUCCUAUUCUUAUAUCGAAUUCCAACUGGCAAAGGUGCACGUCAAUGUGACCCAUCUGAACCAUUAUACGACGUCCCUUGCCAUAUCCGAUUUUGACGAAACUUGAAAUAAUGUUUAUGUAUCGGACAGUAACUUCACGGAUUGUGGUCCAUGACUAUAAGAAAACUCACGUUUUUAACUUGUGGACACUCUAGAGGUCACUAUUUUUAUCCCAUUUUUAUGAAACUUAAAAUGUAUGUUUACAACCCAACGAUCUCGCGGUUCCUUUCGAUAUGCGUGCAUAUGGGACGGUAACUUCCUGGGUUAUGACCUCUGAUUAUACAAAAAAAUCGCGUUUUUAGCUUGUGGCCCUCUAGAGUCCACAAUUUUUAUUCGAUUUUGAAAACCGUUCAAAUAUAUCACCGUUACACCUGAAUGACGGUUGAGUUCGCAUUUCGUGAAAAUUGGACCGAAACUGCCAGACAAAAUGGCCGCUCCGCGUGUGCAAAUAGUGUAACAGUAUAUAAUACCACAACUGCCAGACAAAAUGGCCGCUCCUCGUGUGCAAAUAGUGUAACAGUAUAUAAUACCAAGGUUGUGGACACUGUAGAUGUCACAAUUUUUAUCCGAUUUUGAUGAAAUUUGAAAUUUAUGUUUAUACCCCAAAAAUUUCGGCUCCUUUCUAUAUUCGCGGAUAUCUGACCGUAACUUCUAGGAGUGUGACCCCCGAAUGUAUGAAAAAUCAGGUUUUUAGCUUGUUGACCACCUAGAUGUCACAAUUGUUAUUCGAUUUUGAUGAAACUCUAAAUGUAAUGUUUAUAUCCUAAGAUUUUGGUUCUUUUUGGUUUUGUCAUGGACCAUGGUUUUGUCGCAUGCCGGGCUGUGACAUCCUGGAUUAUGCUAUGGCAUCAGAUUGUACAAAAAAAACCCCUAACGCUUUAUUAGUUUGGCUUAAAUAUUCACACAACGUCAGUCUAUAUUUUCAACAUUUACUGGAAUGUCUACGGUGAUCUAACAGGACUAGUCCAAUGUACCAUUGAAGGUGCCGAACGAAUGGACGUUAUGUUGGCAAACAGGCAAGAACGUUUUGUACUUUGCUUCAGGGCAUUUUUCAGUAUACAAAGUAGUGGGGCAAUCUUCUUUGUAAAGAAAUACGCUUUGGGGCAAUACCUACAAUUACGCGCUUUUGGUACGUUUUAGGAGAGGAAAAGUAGUAUAUUUACGUACUCUGAAAUAGUCCGUAAUUAAAAAAGUACCGCCUGUAUGUGCCCUUGUUAAUAGUAUUGCAUGCAUUAAAUUCAAGAUGGUAAAUUAAGACGGGGGUCUAGACGGCCCCCAUGAACAUGAUAGAAUUAAUGUAUUGAACUUUAAAUUGUAAUAAACAACAAUGACGGUCCA